AUGUGGACCCGCGCCGGCCGUGUCGAGAAGAAGGGUCAUAUUUGCACCGUGAUCCCAUCUCAUGACGGUGGUGACGACUCCGCCGCGAUCAUCUCUGCGUUUGAGCAGUGCAGCGUCGACGCAUCCGUCGUAUUUUUGAACACGACGUAUCACAUCGAACGAGUGAUGAAGACCACGGGCCUGCGCAACGUCAAAGUGGACUUGGGAGGGACUUUAUUGUGGGGAACCGACAUCGCAUAUUGGACGAACCAUAGUCUGCCAUUGGGUUAUCAGAACCAGUCCCUUGCUUGGGAGUUUGGCGGCGACAAUAUACUGUUCACCGGCAAUGGCCAUGGGACGUUUGACGGAAACGGUCAGAUCUGGUACGACUACGGAAACGGAGUGUCGAAUGUGGCCGGUCGACCUAUCAAUUUCGUCAUCCGCGAUACGACGAACUCCGUCUUUGAGGGUAUCCGCUUCGUGCAGAGCCAGUUCUGGACGAUGGCUAUCCACACCGCCGAGAACCUGCUGCUGGAAAACCUGUACAUCAACAGCACGUCGAGCACCAGCGCGCCGACAAUCAACACCGACGGCGUGGACACAUUCUACGCGAACAACAUCACCAUGCGCAACUGGGAGGUGACCUGCGGCGACGACAACAUCGCGCUCAAAGCCAACUCGUCGAACAUACUGGUCCAGGACUCAGUGUUUCACGGCGGGAACGGCGUCGCGAUCGGGUCGAUCGGGCAGUACCCGGGCGUGUACGAGUUCAUCGCGAACUUUACGGCGGAGAGGGUGACUGCGAUCGGAAGCACGUAUGCGGGGUAUGUGAAGACCUGGACGGGCGUCGAACAGAACUUUCCGCCUAACGGCGGUGGAGGCGGGCUCGGCUACGCGAAAAACAUCACGUUUCGCGAUUUCACCGUGACCGACCUCGCGCAGAACGUCGCCCUCAUCACGCAAUGCACCAGCUACAGCGGUGCGACUGGCGAAUGCGACACGUCCAUGUUCCAGAUCUCUGACGUCGUCUGGGGUCCUAUCCGGGGCACCCUCGCGACCGACUCGGUUGCGGCGUUCCAGUGCAGUGGAGCAGCCCCGUGUCCCGGCAUCGCGCUUGUCGGCGUCGACGUCGCCACGCCUAAUUCGUCGGCGCAGAGUGUCGUGUGUAGUAAUGUGGUAGAUCCGGUGGGGUUCGAGUGUUCUACAGAGUCGUGA